AUGAAGUCCCAGGUCUUUGUCAACGACAACGUUCAAUGUCGACUCGUUGACAUCGCCAAAUCCUACCUAUCCACCUGGUUUCUCUUCGACCUCAUGAUGUUGGUGCCGGACCUGAUUGUCGUGAUGUCCUCGAAAGGUGACCAACCUACAGGAGUUUUGCGACUGGUCCGUUUCAGGCGGAUGAUACUGUUGCUGCGGUUCUUCCAAAUCAUUCGACUCUGGAGAAUUGUGGAAGGCUUCAACUUUGUUGAGGGUCGUUUGACCAUUCUCCGGACGGAGUUUGGUUCAUUGAUCCGCCCCGUGCUACAUGUGCUGAUUUUGAUGACCGUCUCCGUUCAUGUCUUGGGAAGCCUCUGGUUUGCGGCGGGCUAUGUUGAAGGUGGUUGGGUCAUGGCAGAAGGAUUGCACGAUGCCUGGAGCCUCGAAUGGGCCUUGUCUCGUCUGCCGCCCUCGGCUCUUCGCUUCAACGUGGAGCUCACCACCGCCGCGGAGCGUUGGCUGGGCAUUGCUGGGACCUGUGCCGCGCUGAUUUGCAGCUCGAUCUUCGUGAGUUUCGUGACCAACACCAUGGCCAAUGUGGCGCGCGAACGCAUGCGCACCACCAAAAUCCUGCAGUCCGUGCGAAAGUACUGUGCCACGCACUGCAUCAGCUACUCCUACACCAUGCAGAUGAAACGCUACGUGGAGCGAGAACAUCGCCGCAACGAACUGUGCAACCACAUGCCGCUUCUGCAGACCCUGCCCGAAGGCAUGGUGCGAGAACUCUUCCAGGAAGCCCGUGCUCCGACGUUACAUAGUCAUGCCUUCUUUAAAGAGUCGGCGUCGACGGACCCCUCCAUGGAACUGAACCUCUGCAGUCAGGCUGUGACCGAGUUUUAUCUCUUGGCGGGCGACACCGUCUUUGACAUGACCCGGAAGACCGAAGGGAUGUACUUCAUGGCCAGCGGUGUCAGCAUCUACUUCUAUUGGUCCUCGGAAACUCCGCAGAUGACGCGCAGACGGUCGAGUCGUAGGAAUACCACCGGAAGCCGCUUUAUAGGCCUGAUGCCUUCCAUGUCAUCAUCGCCUCCUCCAACUCGUAGUUGUUCGAAAGUGACAAUGGCGCAGACGGUGCUGGAGCUGCUGCCGGUGAAAACAGAGAAGGCGGCCGCUUGCAACGAGGACGAGGUGCGGAGGAGAAGGGCCACCAAAGAAGAGAUGGAGCAGGGUCAAAAGGAGAUAAGACUAGCUGAUGAAAGAAUGAAAACAGAGGCUGAGAGUAGGGGUGAGAUGCCUAUACAAAACGGACCUGAAGAAAAACCUGAGGAUGUUGUAGAAGGGGAAACGUCUCCACCGAAAGAGGGUAAGAGAGAUGAACCUCAAAGAGGUACCCCUGCAAGGAAUUCCAAUCAGGGUUCAGGUGCCAAAGCGUUGUUGCCGCCUACACAACCUCCUCCUGAUCCUCCUGCCCUUUCUCUACGUCAAGAGGUGGUGAACUCCCUUGAGAAGAAUACGCCCGCCGACAAGGGUGAAGGCAACUUCAAUGGUGGACCUUUGAUGAGGGAGAUCGCAACUCCCCCUGAACAACAAGCAGGAGAUGAUGCAAACCAAGUGCAAGGGCAAUCCAUGGCACCCCCGUUGUUCACCGAGGAGCAGCUGAGAAACUUUGCUGCACUGCAGGGACAAGCCGCAUGGAUGUAUGGGCCCCAACAGUCGUUUUUCAAUCCAAUUGGUUUUUCACGUCCUUCAUUUUUGGAUGGAGAUGCAGCCAGAGCUUCAGUGAGUCAACAUGAAAGAGACAUGGAGUUUCUGAGAAUGCAAGCAGUGAGAGACCGAGAGGAGAAAGACGAAUUUAGAAGGCAGAUUCAACUGUUGGUAGAAGAGAACCGUCAGUUGAGAGCCAGGUUUGAAAGUGCUAGCAAGAUGCAGACUGAGGAUGAACCUAGGUUUGCGACUCCUGAGGAACAGCCGGAUCAGACCAGCCCAGGUUUCGACAUGGAUGUGGAUUGGUUGAAGCGGCUAAAGGAGGCUGACAGACCCCCAUCAAAGGAGGCUGACAGACCCCCAUCAAAGGAGGCUGACAGACCUCCAUCAAAGGAGGCCGACAGACCCCCAUCAAAGGAGGCUGCCAGACCCCCAUUCCUACCUGAGGCUGCAGAGUUCAAAACCCCCAAGGAGGCUGCCAGACCCCCAAAGGUGGAAGCAUCACAGCGUCCCCAAGAAGAAGGAAGCCGAGGUGCACCUGGUGGAGGGAAUGCGCAGUUCACUGAGAAAUCUUUGGAGUUCAUGGUGAUUAUGAUGGAAACUAUGAAGGACCUACACAAGAAGGUCAACGAGACAAAGGAUGAGACUGGCAUGGUUCGAGGAGUUGAGAUUGUGAGGUCCGGCACUCCUGACCUGCCGGUGUUGACCCCCUGGUCACCAAGCCAGGGUCCCCUCCAGUUGGGAGAUUGGCUUCUGACUGUGGAGCCGAUCAUAGCUGAUUUGUCAGCAACUUCAGAAGUGUGGUGGUCGCUGAUGGUGAAGUCUGCAGAGCAGUGGUACCAGAAGCACAUGAUGAUGCCCCCACUAGAUCGAGUUCAACAUGAAGUUCAACCGCCCCCAGAGGUCACCUUGGAAAAAUGGUCCAGGUUGGAAAGAAGAACGGCAUCGAUGCUGCUUCAAUCUGUGCCGGAGGUGGUCAAGGAGGAGUUGGUUUCAGCUCGACGGCUGAGCGUUUUUGGGAUUUUGACGCAACUGCUGUUGACGUAUUGCCCAGGUGGUGUCUUGGAGAAGCAGACAUUGCUGAGAAGUUUGGAGGAGCCAACAGAGGUCACCACGGUGGGCGAGGCUCCUGCUGCAAUACGUCGGUGGCUACGUUGGAAGCUGCGGUCCCAGGAGAUCGGUGCAGUGACCCCAGACCCGGCACUGUUGUUGAAAGGUCUGAACAAGUUAACACGCCGAGUCCUGGAGUCCAACAAAGAACUACAAUUCAGGGUCAGCCUGGCCCGAAAUUCCCUUGGUGUGGAUACGAGGCCGACCGACACCACAGUCAGCCAGUUUGCCACGCACCUUUUGGCUGAGAUCGAACAAGUUGCUCUUUCCGAAAAGAGGGCCACUGCUGCGAUGCCAAAGGGCGAGGUGAAGAUCAAAUACUUGGACGCAGACAAGAACAAGCCAAAGACUAAAGAGAGGUCUACAGAGGAGGACAAGCCGAAGCCAAAAUGCAGGUUUUUUCUCACGGAUGCUGGUUGCAAAAGGGGAAAGGAAUGCACGUUUAGCCAUGAUGUCAAAGAUGAUCGUCGCAGGUGUUACAACUGCGGCAGUGUGGACCACCUUUCACCAAGCUGCACCAGGUCAAAAGGCGCUUCUACCGAAACAAGCCCCAACAAGCCGAGGGUUGCCAAGGCCGAGGGGGAGGAGCGCAAUGUGACUUCACCAAUGAAGGAGUCAGAGACUGGAAGCCAAUCUAGUCAAGGGGAGGCAGUGAAGGACUUGCUGGAGGAGGCCAACCGGAUGUUGAAGUCUCUGUCGAGCUCUUCCAACACUAUUGCUUCUACAACCUCUUCGACGUCUGAAGAAGAGCGAAAAGAUGUGAUGGAGCGCCUUCAUCAGCAGCUGAAGUCGAUGAAGACGUUCAAGAUGAAGAGACUCAAUGUUGGGAACGACGUUGGACUUGUGGAUUCAGGUGCAACACAUCCACUUCGUCCUAGACAUGAAGGCGAGAAUGUGGAUUUGUACCCGGUGGUGGAGGUGGCAUUGGCAGAUGGAAGGACGGUGAGGUUGAAGAUGUCCCCUGGAGGUGCUAUGAUAUCACCUUCACCUGCCAUCGAGCCUAUCAUCCCCAUGGGCUUGUUGUCGCAGAAGCUGAACUGUGACAUUUCCUGGAAGCAAGGAUCUAUGCAGAUCCACCAUCCUCUGAGAGGAGAAAUCAAGGUGAUGAUGAAGGGAAGUUGCCCCCAUGUUGCCAGAUCUGAGGCUUUGACGUUGAUUGCGGAGCUGGAGGACAUCAAGAUGGGCAUUCCCAAUGAGAUUGGAAGUUUUGAUGCGGAAGUGGCAUGGCCGAGAAAGCUGGUGUCGCAACAUCCAGUGCUGUCUUCACUCCCAGAGCACAUCAAGGAGCGGCUGGUGGUGGAGCCUGGAACUUGGUCUGAUCUUCCAGGCAACAGACACUCAAGAAAGCGCUGGAAGAGGAGUGGCUUAGCAGUUCAUUUGUAUGCUGGGCCAGAAACAGGGUUCACUUUGCGGCAUGCCAUCAAACAGCUGGGUGGUUCUGUCGAUGCCUUGUUGGAAGUUGAUGUUCAACGAGGAGAACAACAUGACAUGCUGUCGGACCACGCAGUUUAUCGUGGUCUGUUGAGGGUGGCUUUGGAGGGAAAGAUCAAUGCGAUCGUUGGUGGGCCAAACUGCAGGACGAGAAGCUUGCUGAGGCACAUCCCCAUUCCAGGGCAGCCUUGUGCCCCGAGGCCGAUUCGCCGCUGGGGAGGUGAGGAGUUUGGUAUUCAUGAUGCAACAGAAGAGGAGAAACAGAAGCUUCAUGAAGACGAUGUUUUGAUGUGGCGUUUUUGGUUUUUGUACAUGGUUGCAGUGUACAUGAGAAGGGCCAGAAAGGUUGAGACCGAAGUGACCGUCUCUGUGGAGCAGCCAGCAACCCCCAAGGAGUUCAUGCCGGAGGUGGUGAGUUGGUGGGAUACAAAAGAAUGGGCAGAGCUGGCACGAGAGUUCAGCUUUGAGGAAUCAACUUUCAAGCAGGGUGAGCUUGGUGGUCUUACCCCGAAGCCAACGACGUUUGGUGGGAACUUGGAGCUCUACGCAGCUGGUCAUCAAAGGAGUGAUGUCAAUGGUCGCCUCAGCUUUGAUCAGACAGGAGAGAUUGUCGAGUAUGCCAGGAGAGCUCACAACAAUGCCCGCCUCAUCGACUGGUCAAGGUAUUUUUUGGUUGGAGUUUUGACCUGGAGGGUGCCAAAGGGGAGUGACAAGAUGCAGAACCCCCCUGAAGAAGCAGCUUCUGAAGGAGCUCCUGAAAUUGAAGAAGGAGCUGAGGAUCCAAAUCCACCGGGUGAGGACGGAUUGGAAGCUGAGGAGUUGCUUCCAGCCCAGCUCCCUGGUGAAGCGCCGGCUGAAGGAGAGCCUGGCGACGCCCCUGGUGAGGCGAGAGAUGUGGUGAACACGGUGAUGGAGUUCGUGUUGCGGCUGCGGACGGAAGGGUUCCAUGUGGGCCGCAUCCAUUCAGACCAAGGUCAUGAGUUUGCUGGCGAGUUCAAGACAUGGGCCCGACAGCGUGGGAUCUACCUCACCAAAACACCAGGUGAUGAUCCAGCCGCAAACGGCAGAGCUGAAAUGGCGGUGAAGGACUUCAAGAACCAGAUCCGCAGAACGUUGAGGCAGGCCAGUGAAGAUGCGAAAUGGUGGCCAUGGGCUUUGAGGUACGUCAAUGAGGUGUACCGAUGUGUCCGGAUGGAGACAAGACCAAGUUGGCCAAGGUUUUUGGAAGAAGUAAGAGUCCGAAAGCGGACAUGGAGGCGGGAUGACCUGGACCCCAGAGGGGAGAAGGUUCAGUAUCUAUGCCCUUCAGUGGAAAACCAUGGUCAUUGGGUGAUCAAAGAAGGCGAAGCCCCACGCCUUACGCGCUACAUUUUGGCGCCCACCACUGAGCCGGAGGAUGAGACGGUUUGGAUUGCGGUGGAAAGAGAAGGGCGAGAUGCACAAGAACAGCGACGCCGAAUCAGAGGCAGAUCAGCAGUGAGGAGAAUGGAUGCCUCAGUUGCAGAUCCUGAGGAGGUGCUGGAAGAAAAGGAAAAGGCUGAAGUUCAAAGAUUGAUGAAGGUGGUGGAGGAUGAGAUGCAGUCCAUCAUCAACGACGACCCAGAUCUGGCCGCCGAGGAAGUCAGAAUUUUGGGAAGGCGGAGAAAAAUGGCUGAAGUGAAGGAGGAUGGAGAUGAGAUCCUUCAAACAAAGGUCAUCUCACCAAAGGAGGUGGUCAGAAACUGGUCGGAGUGGAUCCCAUCAGUGAGAAGCGAGGUGGAGUCCCUGACCAUUGAGAAGGCAGCCUUGAAGGAGCUGUCAAAGGAUGAAGUCAAAGCGUUGAAGAAGAAGGCAGAAAAGGAGGGUAAGAAGUUGGAGAUCAUACCUUCCAAACUGGUGUUCACUGUGAAACCUUCCCCAGACCACAAAGAAGGGAAAAAGAAAACCCGGUGGGUUGUUUGCGGAAACUAUGAGGAGAAGAAAGAGGGGGAGGAAAACUACUCAGGUGGUGCAGAUGCCACAUCUUUGAGGUUGUUGGCAUGGAUUGCAUCCCGCAUGAAGUGGGCCGGAUGCAUCCUGGAUGUCAGAACUGCUUUCCCCAACGCGCAGAUGGAACAGGAGCCGGAUGAGGACCUUCUUUUGGUCCAGCCACCCCACAUCUUGAAGGAGAUGAAGUUUCUGGACCCGGACACACUGUACCUGCCAUUGAAGGCAGUGUACGGCUUCAGGCGCUCACCAAAGCUUUGGGGUCUUCAUCGAGACAAAACGAUCAAGACCUUUGACAUCAAGGUGGUCAUUGAUGGCCGCUGCGAAAGCCUGGAGCUGAAGCCGAUGGAGUCAGAGCAGAACCUAUGGAAGGUGGUUGUGGUCAGAGGAGGCUUCCAAGAGGCAGAAGAAGAAUGGAUCUCAAACGGCCGAGUCAUUGGCCUUGUGAUGACGUAUGUCGACGACAUUUUUAUCGUCGCCGAGAAGCAGGUGGCGAAGUCAGUUGCUCAGAAGUUUCAAGAGACAUGGGCGACCACACAACCGGAGUGGGUUGGCGAGACACCAGUGAGGUUUUUGGGCCUGGAGGUGACUUGCCACCAAAUCGAGGGGGAGGAGAAGGUCCAAUGGUGCCUUUCACAAGAGGCAUACAUCAAAGACUUGCUUGGGCGCUAUGAGGAGGAGGGAAAACCACGAAAGCUCCCUAUCACUCGUGACCAAGCUUCGAUGCCUCCAGAUGUGAUUCCCCCUUCGCCAGAAGGAGUCAAGUUUUCCCAGAAGGUCAUCGGCGAGUUGCUUUGGCUGGUGACCCGAAGCAGACCAGAUUUGAUGUUUGGAGUUUCCAGGAUGGGGGCCAACGUUUUGAAGGCCGCCAACUGCAUCAAGGACACAGCAGCACAAAUGAGGUCCUAUCUCAGGAGAACUGCAGGUGAGGGCCUACAGUACAAGCAGAAGAUCGAUGACCCGAUCACGCUGUAUGUCUACUCAGACUCCAGCUUUGCACCCGAAGCAGAUGAGUCCCAUGGAUUGUUUGUGGUUAUGGUGAACGAUGGGUUGAUGUUUUGGAGAAGCGGCAGGCAGGGCACAAUCACCUUGAGCACGGCCGAGUCAGAGUUGAUGGAGCUCGUUGAGGCGAUGAUUGCCGGCGAGUCAGUUUACGUCGUGCUGGCAGAGCUGUUUGGUGAAAUCUCAAAGGUGGCAUUGUGCGAUUCGCAAGCUGCACUGGCCAUUUUGGUUGCUGAGGGCGGAAGCUGGAGGACAAGACACCUCAGGCUGAGGUGGGCGUUUGCUCACCAAUCUGUGCUGCGUGGUGACUGGCAGGUGGGUCAUGUCCCUGGUGAGAAGAUGUUGGCGGACCUGGGCACAAAAGUUCUGACCUCAUCGAGGAUGGAAACUUUGAAGCAGAUGAUGGGCAUGGGAGUUGCUCAGCCCGAAGAAAAAGGUGUUGAAAUGGAGAAGGAUGAGAAAAAAGAAAAGGAGAUCAAGACCACUCAAAAUCGGUCGCCACCAUGGCCGUCAAGCUCAUCACGAUGGCGGCCUUGUUGUCAGUGUCAAAGGCUCAAGGAGAUGAAGAAGACGAUGAACCAGCAGGUGACUUCCACAAUUUUAUGGUCAUCUACACGGUGCUGA